AUGCUCAAAUUACUUGUUUAUUUUCAACUUACUUUAAUCGUGUUUGGUAGAAAAGAUUGGUCGGUAGAAAAAGAGUCAUCCUUUUGGAAUGAGAAUGCCGCAAAUGCUAUUGAUAAAUCAUUACAACGUAAAAUAAAUACUCGUCAAGCUAAAAAUGUCAUCAUGUUUUUGGGAGAUGGAAUGGGUGUAUCAACAAUCACUGCGGGAAGAAUUAGAAAAGGACAAAUGUUAGGAGAAUUAGGAGAAGAUUUUUUGACAGAAAUGGAACAAUUUUCACACUUGGGUUUAGCAAAAACGUAUAAUAUUGAUCAUCAAACACCAGAUUCAGCUGCAACAGCUACAGCCUAUUUGUGUGGUGUAAAAGCGCAGUUGGGAACAAUUGGUGUGGAUGGAAGAGCAAGAAGAGCCAAUUGUCCAAGCUCGAUUGGUACUCAAGUCGAUAGUGUUCUCGAAUGGGCACUGAAGCAAGAUAAAAAAGUUGGAAUUAUCACAACCGCUACCAUUACCCAUGCUUCGCCUGCCGCUGCUUACGCUCAUACACCUGAACGUAAUUGGGAAUGUUAUGACAAUAAAUAUUUCAAUAAAAGUCAUUUCGAUGCCGGAUGUGUGGAUAUUGCUUAUCAAUUAGCUUCACGUUCAGAACCCAUUCAUCUUUUACUUGGCGGUGGACGAAAAUAUUUUUUUCCUAACGAUACAACUGAUGUUGAGUACAAUACUUCAAAUUCAAGAGUUGAUGGUUUAAAUCUAGUUGACAUGUGGUAUAAUAAAACAUUAGCGAAAGGAAGCAGACGGUCAACAUUCGUAUGGAAUUCAACAGAAUUAAAUAAAAUUGAUAAAAAAGCGACCGAUUACAUAUUUGGCCUAUUUGAACCUGAGCAUAUGCUGUAUGAAACCAGACGAAAUGAAAUGAAUGCUGAUAAACCAAGUUUAACGGAGAUGACGAAAUUUGCUAUUGAAUAUUUACACGAAAGAAGCCAAGGAAAUGGUUUUUUCUUGUUUGUAGAAGGUGGUCGUAUUGAUCAUGGUCAUCAUGAAACCUUACCUCGCCUAGCUCUUGAUGAAUAUGUUGAAUUCGACAACGCCAUUGGUCAAGCAAAAAAAACUCUUACCAAUUUGAACGUCUUUGACGAUACAUUACAAGUUAUAACAGCUGAUCAUUCUCAUGUGUUCACAAUGGGAGCCUAUUCUUCGCGUGGUUCAAAUAUUUUGGGUUUUGGAUCAUUAGAAAAUGCAAAUGUCUCGAAUGUUGACUCUCUUCCAAUAAAUAUCAUAGCAUAUGGAAAUGGUCCAAAUUUCAAUAGUUUUCGUAAUACCUCCUUGAAUUCAUUAAAUACGAACGCCACAUCAUAUAGAGCACCAGCUGCUUUACCGUUAAGAAUGGAAACACAUGGUGGUGAAGAUGUAGCUGUAUUUGCUCAUGGACCAUGGAGUCAUUUACUCAUAGGAACAAUUGAACAAAACGUGAUUCCGCAUGUCAUGGCCUAUUCUGCAUGUUGGGGAAAAUAUGCGAACCGAGAAGGAUGUGAGGCGGCUAAAUCAAUUUCGACGAUCCAUCGUCAUAUUAACAUCGUUUAUUCUCUAGUUCUCUUAUUAGGUGUUCAUUCGGCUGUUAAAAUUAUACAGUAG